UUGGUCGAACAGAAUGGUUCUUUGAAGAAGGAAGUUGCUUUGGCUGAACGUAAGUUGAUUUCCCGUAAUGAGCGUAUCCAAAGCCUCGAAACUCUUCUCAAGGACGCUCAGGAAAAACUGGUCAGUCAAAAUGACAAAUUCGAGAGUCAGUUAAAAGCAGUUCGAGACCGUCUUGAAUUGGCACGGACGCAGAAAUCCCAGAAUACCAUGUCCGUGAACUUUAGUCGUAUUGUUAAGCCUCUCAGAGGUAGAGGAAAUGCAGUG